AUGAAUGGUUUUCUCGCUAUCCCACUGGCGUGGGCCAUAUGGGCAUGGGGUUGGUCCGUCUAUCUCAUAUGUCGAAUCCUUUGGAUGUUGCUUGGACAUGCUGCCUUCGCGGUGCUGGACCAGUAUCUUGGAUCUAAGAAAUGUGAUCAAGCGAAUGAUAACAAGCAAGGAAGAGUGUUUGAUUUCGGAUUUGACAUGACUAUACGGAUCCUAGGGCCCUUUCAGGUUGUCCAACAAGUCGCGACGCCGACUCCACGCCUACCUGGGCUGAGUAUCGGUGUAGCUAGCUUGAAGCCGCCGUCUUCACCAAAGCCGCCAGCGGCACCAGGUUCACAAGAGGUCCGCAAAACUACUAGGGCUACUCCAACCCAGGGUCAAACCUCUCGACGCCGAGUCCACGAGGCAGCACGAUCCAAUCCAAGUGUACCACGGGAUAUUCGCACGAAUAUUAGGGUUGUUACAACCUCAACCGCAAGACACUGCUCUCGUGUACCCAGCCGCAUGAACACCUACAUCACAGUAAUCCCCAAGCACCGCCGCCUCCAACUAACCACCCUUCACAGCGGGCUUUCCCUCCUCCUCGACCCCGGCCCUCGGGGCACGGACGAUAUCGCCCUGCUGACCCCCAACCUUCCCCGCGAGAUCCGCGUCAAGAUCCUCCUCCUACAGAUCACCGUCACCGCGUUCAAGCGAGCGGAGGCUGUGAUAGACGGACUCCACGAGCUACUGCUAGGCCUGACGCCCAUCACCUCGAUAAAGAACCCAAAGCCCGACUUCCACGCGAUAGCAUGGGCCUGCGUAGAGGAUGAAGCUAAAUUGAGGCAGGUGGUGAGGGCCACAGGGAAGCUGCUGUAUAAGGAGGCCGAUUGA